ACUGGACAGAGAUUUCAUUCCAGGAAUAGGCAGGGAUAUGUUUUGGGGUGGAGUGGGAGGUUGGAUCAAUGAGAAUGGAAAGGAACAAAUGUCAUUUGUGUGUAUUGCAGACUUGGAGGAAGGAUGGAGGGGGACUUCACUGGGAAAGAUGUUUACGGGAAGCAUUUUGCUCCAAAAGAUUAUUUAAAAAUGUACUACUCCUUCAGCAAGGAAGAUGGCUCCCAAGAAGAUGCUCUCCUAAAUUUUUAUCUGCAAAAAUUCCACAAAACUUUCACCGUGGAUGGAGUUAAAGGAGACACACUGAUUGAUAUUGGAAGCGGACCCACUAUCUACCAAUUUCUCUCUUCCUGCGGGUCCUUCCGAGAGAUCAUUGCCACAGAUUACACUGACCAGAACAGGGAGGAGAUUAAGAGGUGGUUGAAGAAGGACCCAGAGGCUUUCAAUUGGAGCCAGGCUCUGAAAUACGUGUGUGAGCUGGAGGGAGACAGGGAGAAAUGGGUAGAAAAGGGAGAGAAGGUACGAAGCACCGUCCGGCGAGUGCUGAAAUGUGACGUGACCCAAGUCAACCCUUUGGCUCCGCUGGUGGUGGCCCAAGCUAGCUGUGUGACUUCUGCAUUUUGCCUGGAGGCUGCGUGCAAAGACCUCACUGCCUAUCGUGCCGCCUUGAGGAACAUCGGCUCCCUUGUAAAGCCCGGGGGGCACCUUGUGCUCCUGGCCUCUUUCGGAGGAAACUUCUACAUGGCUGGCGAGCAAAUGUUCUUCUGCCUUUACCUUGAGAAGGAAACUGUAGACAGUGCAGUGACAGAGGCAGGCUUUGAUAUCUUAUGGUCUGAAGAGGCCAAAAAUAGCUAUUCACCAACAUAUAGUGAUUGUAAGACUGUCUAUUUCCUGGUUGCCCAGAAACGUACCAAGGUGUAGGUGCUUCUAGGAAAUGACAGGAGGCCAAAGGAAAGUAUUAAUCAAUGUCCAGACGUAGCCACACAUGCAGGUCAGUGUGAGUGAGGGCAGCUCUAUAUCUAUAUCUAUA